GGCUAGUGAGAGGGAGCAGUGCUUUUUGCUCAGGACUUGUACUGUACUUCCUGUAGGCACAUGAGACAGAACAAUAUUAUAUGAUAGUAUUUUCCUUUCCAGUCAUUCUCUGUGCUUAGCAUGCGAGGUGCACAUAGCAGGCUGUAAGUAACUUUAACUUGUUUCUAUAUAUUUUACAAAAUCCUUUUUUCAUUUCAUUGCGUUCAAUUUCACAGCACUACAGUAAAACAUGAAUUGAGCAGUAAUAUACAGAAUGAUAAUUUUAUGUUUUUGCUCCACUUUUCUGAAUUCAGAUAAGAGAAGAUAAACCAAUUUGUUUAAAGGAAAUUAUGUUUUAAGUAUUAGAUGAGAGAAUUUACAGAUUUUAUAGGGAUUUAUAGAGCUUUUUUACUAAACAUUCAACCAACUUGCAAAUCUUAGGCCAGCUGAGAUCCUGCUCAUGAAAUCUCUGUCUAUGUUCAUUUAUCAAAAGAUUGGAUUUUUGUAAACCAGCUUGGUAAAGCCAGGCCAGAAUAGACAAUAGACAAAACCAGCUGCAGUUUGUCUAAAUUGGACACAAUUUCAAUUUAAGCUAUUUCGACCUACAUUUUCCAAGUCAGCGGUGAACUCACGGCUUAUUUCUUAAAUCUGUAAAUACUGUAAAUGAGGGGUCAUAGAACUGCAAUACGUAUAUUGACACAGGGCUGGACCUUAUUACCUCAGUGUCUGACUGCCCAUCAUUAUUUAAUGUAGAUAAAUGUAAAAAAAUGCUUUUGACAAAAAUCAGUCAAUCUCUCUGUCCCAGUCUUGGUUAACGUGAGGGUUUUUUGUCUGUGAAAUCAUUGUUAAUUUGUGUGAUUGCCUUUCAGCAUAAUAGUACAAUAUAUUACAAAAAUCCCAUGUGUCCCUAUUUUGAAAGGACAGUCCCUAUAAAUAUAUAUAUACCCACUGUACAGUGCUACGGAAUCUGAUGGCGCUUUAUAAAUAAUAAAACAAUAAUAAUAUAUUGGGACCAAAUCCCUCUGUCCCCCUCUCCUGUCCUAAUGUUCAUAUUUUCUAUAUUAUUGGUGUGUCUGAGUGUAUCACAGAGCUCCAUAAUAUUCACAGUAAUGAGUCUUCACAGUACAAUAAAUGUGUUUCGAAAUUAGUCUAUGUAAAUAAGAUACUUAUUUAUAAAUAAUAAUUAAUAGAUAAAAUAAAAUUAAUUUUAGCUGCAUAAAUUGUUAUGAGUAAGUCACUAAAAAAUUAUUCAGAACAACCCUGCCUCAGGUCACAUUUCCAUCCUGAAAAUUAAAGUGUCCCUCAUCACCCAUUUAUGGGUGGUAUGAUAUUGUGUGAACAGUGUUCCUGUAUUUGCACAAUUUUGUGUAUAUCUGUGUCCUGUAUGUUGUUUUAAUGAUGUCUGUAUGUGUGUAUGUUGGUGUGAAUGUGACUGCAGUGUGUGUGUGUGUGUGUGUUUCUGUGUGCACAGUACAAGGGCAAAAUUAUGUCAACCAGACUAAAAUUUGAAUUGGGCAUUAAGAACCUGUAUUACACAUUUUUAAAGGUCAUGUCCUCCACAUGUAACAUACACUUGGCAUAAUACUCAUUCAGGCUUAUGGCUGGACUGAAUGGAGUUAUUUAGUUAGUUAUCUUAUUUAGUUAUCUUUCCCUAUCUACUCCCAGUCAUUCUAGUCCCCCAGAUAUCUCCGUCACCUGUCUAUUUCCCAUUCGUGCUGUGUGAAGUGUUAAGGCUGAGACAAAAGAUGCAGAGCUGCCCAAGACACUCACUGGUCAGUCGCACCCAUGGGCUGCCGGAGGGUGGAUUCUGAGUAGCUAUCUAGUCCACAUUCUGCAUGUCAAUCAAAUUAGGGAUUCUCUAAACAUUACAGCUUAUAGUGAGAUGGCAUGCCCUAUGUAUGUGUGCUCACCCAGGUCUCGCACCCUUGCUCUAGCUACCCAUUUAAAUUUUGUUAUAUGGUUAUUUUUUUGUUUUUUUUCUGGCUCUGUGUCUCAGGCUUUGUUCCAUCUCUUUGUUUGGCCCUCUGUGUCUGUUUCUAACUUUUUCUACCCUCUCUCAAUACAUAUUUAAAUUGUUUUCUUCUGCUAUCAGACUGUUCUUCCUCUUUUGUCUUUGUCUACACUGUGUGUGUGUGUGAGGUGCAGUGUCAGUGAGGGUGCAGAUCCUAGGCCCUUCCCUCCCUCUGCUGGAACUAAGUGCCAGCGGGACGGUGAGGAGAUCUUUGAUCUCUUCACCAGCCCGAGAGGGCUUACUGCAAGGCUGGCUCUGCUUGGGCCGGCAGAGGAGAUGAAAGGAUCCCCGUGGCUGACCAUGGUCCACGGCCAUAGAGACCCACUGGGUGUUUUCUGCAGAACCCACCACCGCCCAGGUAGAGACCAGGUUUACUACCCCUGAUCUAGUAGCUGCUUGAACAUCUAUAUGGAUUCUGAUAAAACCACUUCUCCAGGAAGAGAAUUCCACAUCCUUAUUGUUCUUACAGUAAUGUAAAGUCCGAUUUGUUAAUAGAUUUCCAGACAAUGGUUUGUAUUGGCCCCGAAUAUAUUUGUAUAAUGUUAUCAUAUCCCAUCUCAGGCGAUGUUUUUCUAAACUAAAUAGGUUUAAAUUUGUUAACCUGUCUGAUAUGUUCAAUUCCUUUUAUUAAUUUUGUAGCCCGCCUCUGCACUUUUUCUAUGAAUGAUAUCAUUCUUUAGAACAGGUGCCCAGAAUUGCACAGCAUAUUCAAUAUGUGGUCUUACCAGUGAUUUAUAAAGAGGCAAAAUUAUAUUCUCAUCCCGAGAAUGAAUGCCCUUUUUCAUGCAUGACAAUAUCUUACUAGCCUUAGCCACUGUUGAUUGACAUUGCACAUUGUUGCAUAGUUUGUUGUCUAUAACAAUUCCCAAGUCCUUUUCGUGUGUUGUUAUCCCUAGUUCGCUUCCAUUAAGGGUAUACGUUGCUUGUGUCUUCUUUACGCCGAAGUGCAUAACUUUGCAUUUUUCAACAUUAAAUUUAAUCUGCCAUUUGAGUGCCCAGUCCCCCAGUCUAUCUAAAUCUCUCUGCAGCAAAGUAAUAUCUUGCUUACAUUGUAUUAUUUUACAGAGUUUUAUGUCAUCUGCAAACACUAAAACAUGACUUUCAAUGCUUUUUUCAAGAUCAUUUAUAAACAUGUUAAAUAGAAGGGGUCCCAGAACAGAACCCUGAGGGACACCACUUGCCACCUCUUUCCAGCUUGAAAAUUUACCAUUAAUGACAACUCUUUGUACUCUAUUUUUAAGCCAAUGUUCUACCCAAGAACAUGCAUUUUCAUCUAGGCCAAUUUCCUUGAGUUUGAACACUAAUCUAUUGUGUGGAACUGUAUCAAAUGCCUUGGCAAAAUCCAAAUAGAUCACAUCCACUACAACACCCUGAUCUAUACUUCUUCUUACUUCUUCGUAGAACACAAUCAAGUUCGUUUGACAUGACCUGUGCUUCAUAAAACCAUGCUGAUUUUUGCUGAUAACCAUGUUCUUCUCAAGGAAUUCUUGAAUAUUAUCCCUUAAUAACCUUUUACAUAUUUUCCCAGCCACAGAAGUUAAGCUCACAGGUCUAUAAUUUCCAGGCAAGGAUUUUGAACCCUUUUUAAAUAUAGGAACCACAUCUGCCUUCCUCCAAUCCUCUGGAACACUUCCUGAAAGAAAGAAUCUUGAAAGAUUAAAAACAGAGGUUCACUUAUUUCUACACUUAGUUCCUUAAGUACUUGUCUAUGGAUACCAUCAGGCCCUGGAGCUUUGUUUAUAUUAACUUUCUUUAGUUGCUGCAGCACCUUGAGUUACCCAAUUACAAUUAUUCUGAAAGUUUUUAGUAGCAAUCAUUUGCACAUCUAUUGCCAUGGGUUCUUCCUUAAUAUAUACCCUCCGUAUAUAUUAAGGAAGAACCCAUGGCAAUAGAUGUGCAAAUGAUUGCUACUAAAUAGUUAUUUAAAAUUCCUGGCUUUUCCUGGUCUUCAUUAACUAACUCCCCCACUUCAGUUUUUAGUGUACCUACACUUUCAUUUUUUGUUGUUUUAGAAUUUAUGUACUUAAAGAAUGAUUUAGGGUUGGUUUUGCUCUCUUUGGCUAUCAUUUUUUCAUUUUGAAGUUUAGCAAAUCUAAUCGCCUUUUUGCAAGCAUUAUUGGCUUCCUUAUAUCUUUUAUAGGAUGUAUCUGAUUUUUCCGAUUUAAAUGCUUUAAAUGCCCUUUUCUUAUUUUUAAUCUCGUUUUACUUCUCUACUAAGCCACAUUGGUUUUGAAUUUACAUUUACCUUCCCGUCUCCGUCUGUCUCUCUUUAUGCAUGUCUCUUACUGCCAUAACUCUCUGUGCCAGUGUUAUUCAUUACCUUUGUGUCUGUCCCUUGCGUACCUUUACUGAUGCUAUUGGCAGCUUAUAGAAGUUAUUCUAGUACAGAGAGAUCCCUCUAAUCCAUAUUAUGGUUAAUCAUCAACACAACAUAGAAGAGGUGUCAUUAUUACGUAUGGUUCUAUAAUUUAACUCACAGAAAAGCUCUGAGUACGACAAUUACAUAUGGAAUCAAUAAAUGUCUUCAAAAAAGGGAGUUAAAGCAGGGGACUCGUUUUAAUGCAGUUAAAAUUAAGGGAGACAAUAUAGGCACUAUAACCAUUUCAUCUUAUUGAAUUGGUUAGAGUGCCUAGAGUACCUGUAGUGCUAAACCAUUUUCAAGCAGGUUAACACUGAAUUUGUGUCCCUGGCCACACGCAGCUUGGCCCCUACUGGAGCGAUGGCUGAGGCAGAGAGUACACACUUCCUUCUAGGCAUAAUUCAUAAUACCAAUAGCUGCUGUGAUAGACUGAAAGCAAUCAGCGGACACUCUCAGCCAAUCACAACCAGCCAUGGCUGCUCAGGCUAAUGCUGCCUCAUUAGGCCCAGCACACUGAGGGUAUGGGGGGCUUUGGACUUUCAUUUAUCAUUAAAACAUUGUAAUACUGAAUGGAAGCAAGGUGCCAGGGCACUUCGGAUACUAUAACCAUUUCAAUGAGGUGAAACAGUUACACUGCCUAGCCCUAGAGUGUCCCUUUAAGAUUAGAUUGGACUUAACUUGGCAUAAUAUCAGACAUUUCCCAGCAUCAUCCAUCCUAACACCUAGCACAUCUCAACUAAAAAAAGACCACUCAGGGAAAAUUUUCGGUUCCUGAACCCCUCAUCCCUCCUCCCCCAACCCCCACCACCAAAUAAGUCAUAUUGACACACCCAUCAACUGCAGGCCUUGAAUAAAUAUCACAACAGCCCUGGCCAUGGUCAAACCUGAUUGGACUAGAGUAAUAUAUAUAUAUAUAUAUAUAAAAUUAUAUUUUAUUGGGCUAACGGAAGCUGUAACAAUGAGCUUUAGAGAACUGCUACAUUUAUCAAGCCACAAAAGCGUGUAUUUGCUAGACAAAAUUGUAUUACAAAUUACUGCUAAUAUGCUUAUGCAACUACUCAAAAACUAGUCACUGCAUCUGGUAUGUUUAUCUGGAUCUGUGUGUGUUUAUUUUGUGUGUGUGUGUGGGUGUUUGUCUGGCUGUGGUGUGUGAAUUUGGCUGUGUGUGUAUAUAGCUUUGUGUGUGUAUCUGGUUGUGUAUCUAGCCGUGUGUGUUUAUCUGCCUGUGUUUGUGUCAGUGUGUGUAUCUGGCUGUGUAUCUAGCUGUGUAUGUAUCUGGCUGUGUGUGUGUGUGUGUGUGUGUGUGUGUCUGGCUGUGUGUGUAUGUAUCUGGCUCUGGUGUGUGAAUUUGGCUGUGUGUGUGUGUAUCUGGCUGUGUUUGUGUCAGUGUGUAUCUGGCUGUGGUGUGUGAAUUUGGCUGUGUGUGUAUCUGGCCGUGUUUGUGUCAGUGUGUUUCUGGCUUUGUGUGUGUAUCUGGCUGUGUAUCUAGCUGUGUGUGUAUCUGGCUGUGUUUGUGUCAGUGUGUAUCUGGCUGUGUAUCUAGCUGUGUGUGUGUGUGUGUGUGUCUGUGUAUAUCUGGUUGUGUGUGUGUAUCUGGCUAUAUGUGUCUAUCUGUGUGUAUGUGUAUGCACAUCUGUGUUUCUGUGUAUCUGUGUGAAUGUAUACCCGUGUAUGUGUACCUGUGUGUGUGUGUGUUUCUGAGCCUGUGUGUAUAUAUAUAUAUAUAUAUAUAUAUAUACAGUGGUGUACACACAACCCAUGGGGCCCCGGUGCAAAACUGAUCCGUGGGCCCCCCAUCCCUUCCUCCCUAUCCCCCCUAACAGACACACACACACACAUACAUACAGACACACAUACAUACAUACAUACAUACACACACAUAGACACACACACACACAUACAUACAGACACACAUACAUACAUACAUACAUACACACACAUAGACACAGACAGACAGAUACAUACAGACACAUACACACAUACAGACACACAUACAUACAAACAGACAGGCACACAUACAUACAUACAGACCGACACAUACAGACACAUACAUACAUACAUACAGACCGACACACACAGGCACAGACAGUACACACAGGCACAGACAGGCACACACACACAUACAAAGACACAUACAUACAAACAGACAGGCACACAUACAUACAUACAUACAGUCAGACAGACAGGCACACAUACACACAUACAGACAAACACACACACAAGACACACAUACAUACAAAGACACAUACAAACAGACAGGCACACAUACAUACAUACAGACAGACAGACACACACAGACAGGCACACAAACAGACAGGUACACAUACAUACAGACACACAGACACAUACAUACAUACAAAGACACAUACAUACAAAGACACAUACACACAUACAUACAGACACACACAAGACACACAUACAUACAAAGACACAUAUACACACACAUACAGACAGACACACAUACAAAGACAUACAUACAAAGACACAUACAUACACACAUACAUACAGACACAUACAAAAAAACAAACACACACACAAAAUGUUUAAGUCACCCUCCUGUUUCCUACCUUUAGCUGCAGGAUGGUGACAUUCCCUGGGGUCCAGUGGUGUCUUCCUCCCGUGCGGCUCUCUGUAUGCUGGGAGGAAUGACCUGCUCUGACAGCAUGGGCCACCCGAUGGACCCCUUGGCCACGGCGCCGGGGCCGCAAAAGAUGGUGGCGGGUACCCGGUCGCAGGGGUCCGCAGGGCGGACGUGCCUCCUGGAGGGACGGGCCAGGUCGCAGCUGCGACUCCUGCGACCACGGUAUAUACGCCGCUGUAUAUAUAUAUAUGUGUCAGUAUGUGUAAGUGUAUAUCUAUGCGUGUGGCAAUGCAUUCAUCCCAGCAUUCCAAUGCCAACACUGCACACACAUAUGCUAACACUGCACACAAAUACACCCCUGCAUUCCAACGCUAACACUGCACACAAAUACACUCCUGUGUUCCAACAACAUUGCACACAAAUGCACCACUGCAUGUGUGUCUGUGUUCCUGUGUGUGUCUCAGUGUGUGUAAGUGUGCGUGUGUGUGUAUGUGACAAUGCAUAUAUCCCAGCAUUCCAAUGCCAAUACCGCACACAAAUACACCCCUGCAUAUAUACCUAUGUGUCUGUGUGUAUGAGUUUGUGUACAUAUUUGUGUCAGUGUGUAUCUCUGUGUGUGGAUGUGUGUAUCUGUAUGUCAAAAUGUGUAUCUGGGUGUGUGUAUGUGCUAGUGUGUGUGUGUAUAUGGCAUUGUGUUUGCGUUAGUGUGUGUUUCUGUGUGUCAAGGUGUGUGCAUGUGUCCAGGUGUGUGCAUGUAUCAGUGUGUUUAUGUGUGUAUCUGCGUGUCAAUGUGUAUGUAUAUCUGGGUUAGUAUGUAUGUGCAUACAUCCAGGCAAUCAAAGACACCGGUGCAAACACAAGGGCCCAAACAAAUGCUUGCCCAGGGUCUAAAUGAUACUAAAGACGGCCCUGGUCUGUAACUGUGUUUUUCCCAGGUUUCAAAAUCAACAUUUCAAUCUCUUAUCUAUCAGUUUAGUCAUUCAAUGUUUCUAUUAUCUUCUUACUGGUCCUGUAAUACCAUUGUUGUGCUCUGAUAUGGUGUUGCACCAUUGUGGGAUAUUUCCCAUUACGUCACCCGACUCUUUAUUUAUAGAUUUAAAACUUCUAGUAAUCUCUUGCAUCAGGAGAAAAACUCUGGUACUCUCCUAUACCAACUGUUUUUGAAAAGACAUGCUGGCAAGUACCCCAUAAUAAUUCAUAAAUGAGUAAAAACUAUACAAACUAUGUAUAGUUGUGCACAAAGAAACAUAGAAUAUGACGGCAGAUAAGAACCAUUCGGCCCAUCUAGUCUGCCCAAUUUUCUAAAUACUUUCAUUAGUCCCUGGCCUUAUCUUAUAUCUAGGAUAGCCUUAUGCCUAUCCCACGCAUGCUUAAACUCCUUUACUGUGUUAACCUCUACCACUUCAGCUGGAAGGCUAUUCCAUGCAUCCACUACCCUCUCAUUAAAGUAAUACUUCCUGAUAUUAUUUUUAAACCGUUGCCCCUCUAAUUUAAGUCUAUGUCCUCUUGUUGUGGUAGUUUUUCUUCUUUUAAAUAUAGUCUCCUCCUUAACUGUGUUGAUUCCCUUUAUAUAUUUAAAUGUUUCUAUCAUAUCCCCCCGUCUCAUCUUUCCUCCAAGCUAUACAUGUUAAGUUCCUUUAACCUUUCCUUGUAAGUUUUAUCCUGCAAUCCAUGAACCAGUUUAGUAGCCCUUCUCUGAACUCUCUCUAAAGUAUCAAUAUCCUUCUGGAGAUACGGUCUCCAGUACUGCGUACAAUACUCCAAGUGAGGUCUCACCAGUGUUCUUCAUAUGUAUACAUUGUGAUCAUGCAGGUUGAGAACAUAGGUGGUAAAACUCAGCUGACGUUUCUUCCCAUUCUUGUGAAACUUUUAAAUAGAUCACAAAAAACAACAACAAGUAGGUAUAAGGUGGUGGUGAUGGUAUGGGUAAUUAACAGCCAUUAGAGACAUUGUAAACAUUACAACUUCUUACAAACAGCAAAGUUUACAUCUGUCAGAGUCUUUGCACUAAAACAUUAACAGGGUUAUUUACUAAACUGAGAAAGUUAAUUCAAUUUAAAUGUCAAAUAUAAGGUUAAAAUAGCCAAACUAAAAAUUCUCCAAGUUAGCUAUGUGUUCAUUGCAGCUAUAUUGGUCUUAAAUUUAAAAUUCACUUUGAAUUCGCAUUGAUUCCUCCCUUUAGUAAAUAACCUUGUAAAAUCGAGUAGUUUUGGUGCUCUAGUGUCUAGUACAGGAAUGUUUAUUAUUGGCACUUUUUAUUGAUACCUUUUGAUUACCUGCAAACUAUACAUAGGAAGCCUUGUAGUGUGCACAGUAAUUUUAGCCAGAUGCGAUAAUAUGCCAUCACAUUUCUUUCCUCCAAAAUAUGUGUUGUAAAUGCGCUAUACGCUAAUUCCAACGUGAAAUAAUGAAAGUGAUUAUUGACUUAGUGGGUGACAUUGUGACAAUGGGUGGAUACUGUAUUGAUGUGCAUUAUUACGAAGAUUUACCAUGCAUUAACAGCAGCUAUUGACCUCAAGUUAGAGAGAUUUAUAGAAGUGUCAGGAACAGUAAAGUGAUGCAAAGCUGCAAAAGUGUCCCGAAUUCAUUUCCCCAUGUUCCCAUGAGUUCAUUAUUUUCCUUAACCAGAAAUUACUCCUGAAUUUGCAUUAUGUAGGGCAUUUUCUAUGGGUUUUGCUCAGAAAACAUAAAGCAUGUGUAGGUGUUACUAGGGUAAAUGUCACGAAACAAAAUGCAAAUAAAGAAAGUAACUACUAACUGCUGUUGUCACGCUAGACAAUUUACAGUAGGUGAAGGUGCUCUGAAUUAGUUGAAUAAAUUGCAUGUUUUCUGUCACUGAAGGAAAAGUCAUAAGCCUUGAACACUUUGUUAGGGAUUUCUAAGUAAAAUGUAUUGUCUAGGAAACCAAUGUCAGGUGCAUAAAACAUUCAUAUUCUACGUGGCUUAAAUCUUUGAGUUGGUUAUAGCAGUUCUUUUGGGGCUCCUGUCAUUAUAACAGGGUGAUCCUACAAUCCUGCUUAAAACAUAAUUCUAGAUUAUUACUUAAUGUGCUAUACUUCAGUAUCAUCUAAAUAGCCAAUAAUUACAUAGCAGCCAACCAUGCAGCCACAUAUUUUAUACAUUUUUCUCAGUUCUUCAGUGAGGGAUUUACACUUUUUAUUACAUCCAUUUGCUCAAAAUGAAAACACAUUUAAACGUCAUAAUUCUAUUAUCAUGGUCCAUUUUUAUUAAUUUGCAUUGGAGAUCUUUUGCAAUACAUCCCAAUCAGCUUUUAGUGUUGGCAGCUGGUAGUUUGGCACCCCCUAAUGGUAAUGAGAUCCUUCACUCUGCUAGAUCCUAUCACUUGAAAUAAAAUGUACUUUAACUUUACUGUAUAAAAGGUUUGUGUAUGCAUUUAUAUGUUCAGCAGGGGUUACUGUCAGUUAUCUGGAAGCACACUAUAUAUGUAAAUAGAAAAAAGAACAUUGGGCUCAUUUAUUCUGUUAAAGGAGGACUAAAGAUGUGGCCUGGGUGCAGUGACCCUGUCCUUGUAACAAUGUAAAUGUAGCAAUGUAAAUUUUCAGUUUUUUAAUCAUACCGGCAGCCACAGGAGGGGUUCCGUGGCACUGAUUGAGUAAAUCUCUGUCAUGUGACAUGAAAGCCCCAAUAGGAAAGCAUUGAUUCCAUGCUUUUCUAUGGGGCAGCUUGGAUGACACUUGCCGUGUGUGCACACUGGAUCCCCAGUUAUCCCUUAAUGAGGUGCAUUGGAUUGGACAUUGGCAGAGGAGGACAUGCCUCCUCCUUGACAUCACAGGAGGCGGAGAGAUAAGCACAGAAAAAAAUUAGGCAAAUAAUUUACUUUCACUAUUUAAUUUUAAUAUUUUAUAUGGCAAAAGUGGAGGGAAGUGAUUUUUAAUAGGGAUAGUGACACAAACGCUUUAAAAAUACAGCAAUACAAGAUAUUUAAAACACAGCGUAUUCAGCCCCACUAUAAAAGAGGAUUCUCAUUUUUGUACUAUAUAAAGCCUUUAAAAAUGUGUCUUUUACAAAUAAUGCUUUAUCACAACUGGUCCAGUUUGUUUGAGGUGGGGGAUAUUUUUUCCAGCAGCUGCAAUGAUUUUUAUUCAGUUUUGAAGUGUCUACACAAUGUGACUGCUAGUUACCUAGUGGUUAAAAUUGUACCACACCUGGUCAUGUAUAUUAUUUAUUAUUUUGGUUUAUUUACUAAACCGGUAAUUGUUUGAUUGCAAAUUUAAUGUAAAAAUAGGCAGAAUGGAAAUAUAGUCGAGUUGGAGUUUUUACAGUUCUGAUUUCAGAUUAGACUAAAACAUAUAAACCUGGUGGGUAAACCUUUGAAUAGCACCAAGUAAUGUCCAGAUCCCAUUAUGCUAGAAUUUUUUUUUUUAUUUUAUUAUAAAAUGCUAUAUAUAUUCCUUGUCAGUGCCCUCACAGCCUGAAAUAACAUAUCGUGCAAGAAAACAAUAAACAAGGCAGUUAUGUGUUUUUAAAUAUAUUUCUUAUUACUCUUCUAUCACAUGAUACAGUUUAUUCUCUAAUAACCACAUGCUUUACAUUAGCUGUCAAUAAGAAAAGAAAAAUGAGACACCUAAGUAGUAAAUCCCCAAAACAAAGCAGACAAAUCUUUUCUACACACAAGACAGUUGCCAUGUCAGACACAACAUUGUGCUAGUCCCAUUGUGCUAUAUAUUACCAUAGGGUAGGAACCAUAAAUGUUCAGGAUGGACUUGUUCUAGUUUCUUGGCAACUGCAAGUGUCAAACUACAAACCAUCUGUGUGCACAUUCUGUUCAUGGGAUUGUAAACCAGUAACAGUGAUAGAAAGGUGAAGGUGUAUGCUGCUUUCUGUGGAGCUAAGUCCAUUCUUAACAAUCACUUAAUUGUAUGUGAUGAUUAUUCUAUUGCUUUUCUAGUGUCCAGCUGUUAAGGAGUAUGGUUGAAUAACCUUGGACCCCCUUGUGAAAACUGGUGAAGAUCUUCAGGUCAUGCCAUACUUGGCUCACACAGCUAAUCUUCAACUCGCAGGAUUUGCUUUUGCCACCGUGGGCUGGGUUCUUAACUCAAUUACUACUGGACUUGUCCAAUGGAGAGUGUGGCAUGUGACUAAUACCACCGUUAUAACCUCUGGCAUUGCAUGGAUUGGCAUUUGGAGAACAUGUUUCUUCAGUCAGGUCCUGGACUCUUCAAACCAAGAAACCAUGUUCUGUCAAGAAUUCAGUGUCACGGACGCCUUUGUACCCAAAGAGAUCUUUGUUGCUCAAGGUCUUAUGGUUGUGGCCAUUAUAUUAGGGGCAGCAGGAAAAGCUUUUUCUGUUCGGGCACUAAAAAACAUUUAUCAAGGAUCAUCUCAUGUGCAUUUUAUUCGUUACUGGUUUACAUUAGGAGGAAUCCUGAAUUUACUCUCUAGUUUUUGUAUUAUAAUUCCAGUGGCUUGGAAUCUCCACUCAGUUGUGAACAAUGUUAGUAUAUAUUUUCCAAGUUCAUAUGAUAUGCCAUCUAGCCCAGAAAUGCAGGAAGUUGGAGCUGGUAUUGCGGUCGGAAUAGUCGCCGCAGUCCUCCUAUUCCUAAGUGGAAUUUUUUUUCUCUCUUACAAGUUACCGGACAGUUUUGAUUCUAAAGUUCAUCCACUUUCCAAAUUCUCAGACAAUUUCAGCAUAUCCUCAGGGUUUUCUUCAAGAUCAUUAAGCCUUGCAUCCCGAAACGUUUUUGCAGAACCUAUACUUAACUGCGAUGGGAUUUCCAACAAAGCCUAUGAUUCAGAGCUUGAUGACAAGCUGUGAAUUUAUGCGUCCUUUUGAUAUUUAAUGGUGUGCUGUAAUAGAAACUAUUUAAAUUAAUAUCACAGAAUAACUGCAAGGACAAAUGAAGAGUUUUCAUCUUCAAGGAAAAUUAAGUAAUGUGUCAGUUUGAACUUCAAAGACCCUAUAUCUAAUGUUUAACACAAAGACAUCUUAAAUACAUUUAAUUGGGAUAUUUAUUGUUAUUCAGCAUUUUAAUUUUGUGUGAAGUUGCUUACUGUAUUGAAGUAUUAUAUAUAAUACUGUACUGAGAAAUCAUAUUUUUGUAGAUUGCAUGUUAUUAUUUAGUCAAAAUGGUGUGUCAAAAAACAUAAUGUUUACAGAAUAGCUACUUUGUGGGAAAUUGCAAUAACAAUGUCUAUGCCAAUAGUGACACAGAGUGGUAGGAGCAAUAAACAUUUGCUUAUACAAAGUAAUAACGCUCACCAAUCAAAUAAAUUAUAUAUUUUUAUAUGUAAGUCUAGGCAAAUACUUGCCAAUGGGCUGAUGGUACUCUAAACAAGACACGCAUAUUGCUAUACAUUUAGACUGUGGAUAUCUAACAUUUUGACAUAUACAGCAAAUUUAAGGGUUUAUAUAAUUUUAACUAACAGAGUUUCACAAACCAGUUAUUUUUGCGUCUUUUUUGCAAUCUUGAAUUUUUAAUACAAUACAUUGAGUAUAAUUUGCAAACUUUUAUGGUAAUGCUAUAAUGGGAUGUGUAGUACAUUUAUUUUCAUCUGCUAUCCCUUUAUCUCUCUAGUACAGGCAUAGGCAACCUUCGGCACUCCAGAUGGUUUUGACUUCACCUCCCAUGAUGCUGUGCCAGCAUUAUGGGUGUCAGAGCAUUAUGGGGGAUGUAGUCCACAACAUCUGGAGUGCCGAAGGUUACCUAUCCCUGCUCUAGUACUAUAUGUGUGGCUAGGACUGCAUAAAUAGAAACAAAAGUGAUUUAACUCCUAAAUAUCAGUGUAUUGAGCCAGCAGAGCUAAGAUCUAUACACCAUAACUGCUUUCUACAAUACAUACUGUAUAAUAUUGCCCC